AUGAGUGGCUACAUCAGUAGCAGCAGUAGUGCGGAAAGCACGACAUUGUCCAAAUCACAACGAACGCAAACCCUUCGACAGAGCAUACAAAUGGACCCCAAACGGCACAAGUUUCACAAUCAAGCGGCAGUCGUUCUGACCAUAGUGUCAUUGACCUUGCUCGUGACCCUUUCCUUUGUCUUUGGAACGGAUGAAAUUGCAGACGCUCAAACAAAAGCACGCUUCUUGGAAGACAAUGAUGAACCCUCUGAUUUCUCGGAGUAUUCCUGUCGGUACAUUUACGAACAAGUGCCGAAUGCUGGAUAUGCCCAGUGUCGAUUUGCCUCGACUUGUAAUAACGGCAGUGGAAUCUGGGGAUACUGGGUCUUUUGCUCGGACAAGUAUUCGGUCCGUGAUUUGUUUCUAAUGAUUUCUCCCUUGGUGGUACUCUGGUUGGUCUUGCUCUUUCGAUUGUUGGGAUCCACGGCCGAAGAUUACUUUUCGCCCUCCUUGGAAAUGUUUUCGGUCCGUUUGGGUUUGCCUCCUCGAUUUGCCGGAGUAUCGCUUUUGGCGCUUGGCAAUGGAGCUGCCGAUGUGUCGGCGACCAUGUCGGCCAUUAUGGGCGACGAAGAAAAUGGAUACAAACUGAGUUUGGGGGCACUGUCGGGAGCAGCCAUGCUUGUCGGUGGUGUCAUUGCCGGAAUAGUCGUCAUUGUGGCUGGUGGUGUCCCAUGCCGAGGUGCAUUGGUCCGAGAUGUGACGGCCUUGAUGAUUACCGUUGGUGUGGUCUGGUACACUCUGGCACAAGGAGAAGUUGGACCCAGUUCCUAUGCCUUAUUUUUGAGUCUGUAUGGUAUCUUUGUCACCAUUGUCUUGGUGGCCGAUGUCUAUCAUCGAACCAUUGUCUUGCCACGACAGCUUGCGGCCAGUGGGCAAGGACCAACGGCAGGAGAUGAGGCAAGACCCUCCUUGUGGUCUCGGUUUGUCACUUCCUUUAGCAAUUAUGACAAUAUCAUUGCACCCUGUGGUCGUGAUACUACCAUUUCCGAUCCAGUCAUUGAGACAGUCGAUGAUCCUCUGCAACAAACCAUGAUUAUUGAUGAAACAAACCAGCAAGUGGAUGGCUUGAUGCGCCAACCCACUUUGGAGGACCAAGAGACCCCCGUCAACUUGUUGGGACAACACGGUAUUCUGCACGGUGAUGGACGUGCCCUGACCACCCAAGAAGCAGACGAUACGGCUGGAGACUAUGCGCUGGUGGAAGAGCAAAUGGAUCAAUUUUGUUCGGCAGGAGGACCGCAGUCCGAAAUUAGUGCUUCCAGUUGGCGUGGAGCCUGGGGGGAUGGCAAGAUGGAGCUGUAUCAACACUUUGGUUUGGUAUGGGACGAUAUUUUCCACAAUGAAGAAUUGGGCAUGGCAAGCAAAGCCAUUAUGAUUACCGAAUGGCCCUUUACUGUGGCACGAAAAAUGACGAUUGCGAUCCCAUGUGAUGGAUACUACAAUCGGGCUUUGAUUGCUCUUUCGAUUGUCUUGUCGCCCUAUUGGUUUGCCUACUAUGUCUGGUCGGGUCACGAAGUGAACUUGUUUGCCAAGAAUUCGAUCCUCUACUUUGGUAUUAUUUGUCUUUUGACUCUGUUUGCGGGGGCAUCUGUACUCAGGUAUGCUCCUGGUGGAGAAGGACGCAUGGCAAUGUUUGUUGCGACUCCCAUUGCCUUGUACGGAUUUGUCAUUGCCGCUACUUGGGUGGACUUUAUUGCCGACCACUUGGUGGACGUUCUCAACUUUGUGGGCAUUGUCUUGAAGAUUCCUGGAUCCAUCAUGGGGUUAACUAUUUUGGCUUGGGGCAAUUCCAUGGCCGACUUGAGUGCCAACAUUACCAUGGCGAGAAAGGGUUUGGCCAACAUGGCCAUGACGGCUUGUUUUGCGGGUCCCAUUUUUAACAUUCUAGUGGGUCUUGGUUUGGGAUUCUCGGGAUUGGCGGCACAAACGGGCAAGACUACCAGUAUUGUCUCCAUUUCCACUUCGGUCAUGACUGGCUUUAUUUUCAUCUUUUUGAAUUGUAUCACCAUUUUGGUGGUGGGUAUUGGAUUUGGCAAGGGUCGCAUCAAUACCUACUAUGGAUACAUAGCGGUGGGUUUGUACGCUAUCUAUCUGGGCACUUCCAUUACCCUACAUUACACCACUCAUUUAGACUGA